AUUGACGCAAGGAAGUGAGUUAACACACAUAGGCUACCUGGGAACCAGGCCAUGUCAUGAAUUUGUAUCUGAAAUACCAAAUGGAGUGUACUGAUUUAUUUUUUCAAGGUGGAUUUAAAUCUAUGGUUUUAUAGUGAUUAUUCUGUGUGUGGUGGGACAGCCUUUUUUUCUCGGUCACUUUCCUAAACCUGCAAGUAUGACCGAUCCUAUGGUAGACCAGAUGACCAGGCUGAAACUAAAGUUACUGGAGAGGAGACUUGAGAACGAGAGGAACAAUUAUGAUGAAAGGGGAGAUUCUGCCCUGUCCACAAGAAGUUAUGAUGGGCAAGGUGACGCCUUACAUAGUGCUCUGAGACGGAAGAGGAAUUUACUGCAGAGACUGAGAGAACAGCACUACUUGGAGGAUCUUGGAAGACCACAUACAUGGGGAGGGAGUCACAGGCAACGUCGCCCAGAUCACUUUCCUACAACAAACCCUCCUCCGAUCCAUGUGUACCAGCCACUUCCACCUGUCCCGGACCACCAACUGCUUCCACCACCGCCACCGCCACCACCCCCCCGAAUCAUACAGCAAACACUUCCUCAGCAACCAACCACCAUAAUCCAGCAGCUGCCUCAGCAACAGCCAAUCAUCACACAGAUACCUCCUCCUCAGCCUGCACCCCCAUACAAAUCUGGCAGCGUCAAAGAGGACAUGGUAGAAAUGAUGCUGAUGCAGAACGCCCAGAUGCACCAGAUCAUCAUGCAGAGCAUGAUGCUGAAGGCCAUCCCUCCCAUGGCCAUGUCCUCGCCGAUGGGAGCCGGCCAUGCUGCCCCCUCAACUCCAUACUCUGUAGCGGACAUGCCCUCCAAAGCAAGGGGCAGUGCCAUCCACCACCAUCAUCACUACAGCCCACCUGGCCCACAGCUGCCCCCCAUUACCUACCCCAUCUGGGGCACACAGGGAGGGGCAUACCAACCCUCAGUGCAACAUGUGAUGGGGCCAAUAUCACUCCCACCUUUAAACAUUGGCCAGAAGUGGAACUAAUUCUAGAAUGCCUGUGGAAUGAUCACCACAAGCAAACAGCAUUCUUCCAAACAAUGGACCACUUAACGUACACCACGUGAUGUCAGGUUGCCCACACCCUGAACUUUGUUUGUAAAGAGCCAUUUAAGGGUUUAGAACAGAUGGAGGAGUAAAGUGGUGAGAGGACUGAAGCUGUACAAGAACACUAGGCACUGGCUUCCAGAAUCUCAGAGCACCAAAUAUUUGUUGGUAAAAUUGAAUAAUAUAUGCAACCUACACCUGUUCAAAGCACACACACUGUAGCUACCCACUAUGCAGAUUUUGCGUAAAGAAAUCAAGGGAGGCCGGACAUUGACGGUCAAGACAUUGCAUGCACAUUUUUUAAACACACACCAGGAAUGCAUGGGUCAUUAUACAAAUCAAAUUUUUAUUAAAUAUUCAGCCCCA